UUCACCACUAUAAAAGAUAGAUGCGAGUGCACAAGACGUUCGCAGUAGUUGUAUCUGUGCCUUCACGGAAACCAGUUUAAGUUUUGCUUUUAAGCUCGUGAUAGAACCAAAGUUGGAGUUGCAAACAUUUGCUUCGAAAUGGCAUCCCAUAGAUUCGUACAUCUAGUUGAAAGUGAGCUGAUUAAGUUGACCAAUUGGAAGGAGAUUAAUCAUGUUCUCGAGCAAGCGUUCGUGUCGGUAUCCAACAAAGAUAAGUCAAGUGGGCAACCGUACAGCUCGCAGCCGGCUCGAAGCUUUGUGCAUGUUGGCGAUGCUGGAGCUUUGCUUUGCAUGCCUGCAUUUUUGGGCAACAUCAGUGUAAAGUCUGAUAGUUCGCAAUCCAACCCGGCCGGUCCUGCAGCCCGUACUUCAUCGCUGGCCUGCAAGCUUAUUACCAGCUUCAAGGACAACCCUUCGCGUAAUCCACCCCUACCGGACAUUAUUGGUAACAUUUUCCUGUUUGAUGAAACAACCGGCCAGCUCCAGGCCACGUUGGAGGCCAACUAUCUCACCGGGCUACGCACUGCUGCCGCAUCGAUAGUGGCCACUGAGCAGGUGUUUCUGCCCAGGAUUGCGGACAAAUCCAAGCUGGUGCUGGGCAUUAUCGGAACGGGGGUUCAGGGAGAAUUUCACGCCAUGGGUUUCAUGAAGACGCACAAGUUUGUGCAAGUAAAGCUCUGGAAUCGUACGAAAGCUCGUAGCGAACAGUUGAAGACUAAACUUACCCAACUAGCUCCAAACAGUUGCAACCCGGAUGUGAACAUCUCCGUGCAUGAUUCACCUGAAGAAUGUUGUACCAAUUGUGACAUUAUUGUUACGGCGACAAGUUCGAGCGUACCGAUAGUUUUCAAAAGAUUCUUGAAGCAAAAUGUGCAUAUAAACGCCAUCGGAUCGGGACUUCAGCAUCACACGGAGCUUGCCCAGGAUAUUUAUGACGAAUGCAGCGUGUUCAUCGAUUACUGGAAUGGGGCCAAGGUGGAGCUGGCAAAGCUAAAGUCAACCAUCGUUGGUGAGGUAGGUGAAGUGGUGCUAAAGCAGAAGGUGGUUCCCAGUAGUGGUAUUACCGUGUUCCAAUCGCUUGGAAUGGCCGUUGAAGAUGCUGCGAUUGGAAAGUUGUUUUACAGCAAAUAUAUGGAACAGUUGAAUAAAGGACAUUAAUGAAAAGGAUGUGGAAUGCAGGAUUUUAAA